AUCGGAGAAGAACCGACUCUCAGACAAGAUUUACGCUUUGGAAAAGAGCAUCUCGCAGUAUCGCACCACCGAAAGCGAUCUCCGUCAGCAAUUGAGCUCAGCGCUAUCGGAUAAGAAGACCGUUCAGACUGAAUUGGAUGAGGCGAAACGUCGUUUGGCUCAAUUCGAAGUGGAUAAGAAAAUAUUUAAGGAGAAAUUCGAUGAGAUGACGCGAUUGAAGUUGAGUUUGAUGAAGAAGAUCGAGUUGCUGGAAGCUGAGAGACGUAAAGCGGAGGCUGUGAUCAGUGAAACGGCAAUGCAACGUGAGGCCAUAGAGAGAUCGCUGAGUGCGUUGGAACGCGAGAAUAAGGAACUCUACNACGAUCGAUUCGUACAGAGCGUGCGCAAUGAGAAGGCUCAGGACAUCGUUAAAGUUGCACGUGCAUAUCACGUGAUUGUGGGGAAUCUUAACGCCGUGACUUCAAAAAUAGUGUUUCAGUACGAGCGUAUCGUCGAGAAUCGCGACCGCACGCAACGCAACCGCAUCAAACAGCUCGAGAACCAGCUGCAAGCCAUCAAAGACCAACUCGUCAACGAACGUCGUCGCAGAAAGGAUGCCACCGACAGAAUGCUCAUCAACGACAUCACUAAACUCUCCAAUAAGAGUUUCUACGGAGGCACUGCCUCUGCCAUACCCUCCGCGGGUGGCAUGAGUCUCGGUGCGGGGGCGGGUGUGGGCCCGUCACUAUAUCCACACUCGGAUUAUGAUUAUAUAGCGAGGUGCGUUGGGUUUUGA